GUUAGUCGUUCAAGAAUGCAAAGUCAUUUCUGGCGAAAGAUACGCUGUGCGGGCUCAUCUUCUGCAGUGCUGCUUGCGAAUCGCACUAAUUUAUUGCACAGAGCAAUAAAACUAGACCUACUCUCGAAAAAUAUUUCUUAUCUCCCUCUGCAAUACUUGAGCUGGCGUAAUUGUGAUAGCAAAAAUAUUUUGCUAUCGAAAAAUCAUUCACUGCUCCCUUUAUCAUCAUUGCAAACUCAUAUUAAUCACAGCUUUGUAAGACGGAAAGGUAUAUUAGCUAUGGCGGAUAUUUCCCAGUUUGUGCUGCCAAACGACCAGCCUGUUGUGUCCCUCGACUGUGAAGAGGCCUUCAAUGCCUUGACAGACCAGGAAAAGAAAUAUGCCCACCACCUAAGCCAAGCCUCUUGGAAUGGAGGACUUAUUGUCUUUGUCCAGACUUCUCCGGAGUCUCCACUGAUUUUCUCCUUGCUGCAUAGACUGUUUUUAUCGCAGCCCAUCAAAGAGCUUCAAAAGGUUGCCACCGAGCAGUGCAAAUUCACAGAAGAUGAAUUCAAGGCUGUUCUUAUCUACACUUGUGGAAUUUUGACCAAUGCUGGCAACUACAAAGGAUUUGGUGACAGUAAAAUUGUACCCAACCUAAGUGCCGAGCGGUUUGAAAGUCUGGUACUGGCUAGCGCUGCCUUCAAAAAGGAGCCUGAAAAAGUCAAGUAUUUGUGGGAAAAUGUGAAAAAUGGCAUUUACUCUCUUGACACCAAACAAAAGAGCCUUGGUUUAGGCGAUAAGGGUAUUAGCACCUACUUCUCAAGCAACUGCACCAUGGAAGACGCUGAUGUGAUUACAGAAUACAUGAAAAAGAAAAACAUCGAGGGGUACAACAAUCGACUUUUCAAAACUGUCCAGAAUGGUGUCACAAUCUAUGAGAUAAGAAUGGCCUCAAGUCUCAGCGGGGACGCAGAUGGUAUCACCCAUGGCGAAGAAGAGUUUCAAGGGUGCAAAAUUAAGAUCACCAGAGGUGAUUAUGGUGGUCUCAUUGGAAAGGUCGCUGCACACUUGGAGCAAGCCAAGGCUGUUGCUGCAAAUGAGAAUGAGGUACAGAUGAUUGACAAUUACAUCAAGAGUUUCACCCAGGGGUCGUUGGAUGCGCACAAAGAUGGUUCCAGAUACUGGAUCAAGGACAAGGGUCCAGUCAUUGAAACGUACAUCGGUUUCAUUGAAACGUACCGUGACCCUGCUGGGAUGCGAGGCGAGUUUGAAGGAUUUGUGGCUAUGGUCAACAAGGAAAUGUCGGCAAAGUUUACUGAGCUUGUUGACAAGGCUGAAAAUUUCCUGACGCUCUUGCCCUGGCCGAAAGAAUUCGAGAAGGACACUUUCUUACGUCCUGACUUCACCUCUUUGGACGUCUUGACCUUCUCAGGGAGUGGAAUUCCAGCUGGAAUCAAUAUUCCUAACUACGAUGAGAUCCGUCAAAGUGAGGGCUUCAAAAAUGUGUCCCUGGGCAACGUCAUUCCUGCCAACUACCAGCAGACAGUCACCCCAUUCUUGUCAGAGGAAGACCAAGCGCUUCUCGGCAAAUAUCGUGUGCCUUCUUUUGAAGUUCAAGUUGGUCUUCACGAGUUGCUUGGUCAUGGCAGUGGAAAAUUGUUCCGCAGAGAGGAGGGUGGAAAGUUUAAUUUCCCUCCUGAAACCUUGGACCCACUUACAGGCCAAAAGAUCAGCACUUGGUUUGAAAUUGGUGAGACGUACGAUUCAAAAUUCUCCACCAUGGGAUCAACUUAUGAGGAGUGCAGAGCUGAGUGCGUUGGUCUGUACCUUAGUCUGGACAAAAAUGUUCUCAGAAUUUUCGGCCACGAGGGAGAGACUGCAAAUGACGUGCUGUACGUCAACUGGAUGAGUAUGAUUUGGAAUGGCGUAGGCAAAGCAAUGGAAAUGUACCAACCGGAAACAAAAUCAUGGCUGCAGGCUCACUCCCAAGCGAGGUUUGUGAUCAUGAAGGUGCUGGUUGAAGCCGGAGAAGGCUUGGUGACUAUCAAGGAAACCGACAAUGGCACUAACCUGCUUGUCACUGUUGACAAGGAUAAAAUCGAAACUGUCGGUAAAGCAGCGAUUGGCACCUUCCUUCAAAAACUGCAGAUUUACAAAUCUACAUGCAACGUGAAGGCUGCCAAGGAAAUGUAUGACAAGUAUUCUGAGGUUAGUGACUCUGGCGUCCAUCCUUGGGCUAAGUGGAGGGCCAUCGUGAUGGCCCACAAGCAGCCAAGAAAGAUGUUUGUGCAGGCUAACACUUUCCUUAGUGGAGACAAGGUGGUGCUGAAGAAAUACGAUCCUUCUCCGGAGGGGUUGAUCAGCUCUUGGAUGGAGAGAUUCCCUUCCACGGAUGUUGAUGAUUUGUUGGAAGAGUUGUGGAAAAAAGACGCACACCAUUUCUAAACUAAAUAUCUGAAGUUCACAGCUUAUGUUUUAAAGUUCAAGCAAGUUCAGCAUUUUCUUUCUCGCAAUAAAUAACCUUUUAAUAUGAAGAAA